AUCCCAAAAAGCUGUCGCUGCACUCAAUUCCUUGCUGGUGGUUACCCUAAACUCACUUGACAUCUUCAAAGGGACUGACAGGGGCUGUCGUGGAGGAAAAUCAAAACUUAAAGUUCAAUCUCCUGGCACUAUCACAGCUGCUCCACAACCCUGUGUACCUGCAAGCCCAAUUGAAGUGAUUCAACCUAGAAGCCACAAAAAACACACUAUCAAAUUAAGGAAACCUAUUUGUGUGAUCUCCAUUAGAAGACACACUCUUUCCAAAGUACAGAGCAAAAACUCAGAAUCACAAUACUGUCCUAUCAGAUCAAUCCUGUGCAAUGCCAGAUCAACUAGAAACAAAACAGCUAUUAUUACCGACCUUAUUGAAGUGCACUGCAGAAUCAUGGCUAUAUGA